AUGCCGGGCAUCUCCAGUAAGAUCGGCCAUGGCCUCGCCAAGGGUCUUGGCAUCCGGGUGGAGGACCCUGACCGCGGCCGCGAUAUCAUCACCAGAGGCGAGUCUGUCAUGUCCACCCAGACCAGCGACUCCUUCUUCGAAGGCCCUCCCACUUCUCUCGAGUGGAUUCAGGAGCAGGUUCCUACGCGUCAAGAGACGGCCGCCUACAUCAAAUCUUUAUUCCCCUUUCUUUCGUGGAUCACGCAUUACAAUCUGCAGUGGUUUGCUGGUGAUCUCAUCGCCGGCAUCACCAUCGGUGCUAUCCUCGUUCCUCAGGGCAUGGCCUAUGCCAUGCUGGCUAAUCUAGAGCCUCAAUUCGGUCUCUACUCUUCUUUCAUGGGCGUCAUCAUCUACUGGAUCUUUGGUACCUCGAAAGAUAUUUCCAUUGGUCCCGUCGCUGUGCUGUCCACCGUCGUCGGCACCGUCGUGGCAGAUCUGACGUCUGCUGGCUUGCCUUACUCGGCCAACGUUAUUGCCUCUGCCCUGUCCAUCAUUGCAGGCUGUAUUGUGUUAGGCAUGGGUCUACUUCGUCUUGGCUGGCUGGUUGAUUUGACCUCCAUUACAUCCCUGUCUGCCUUCAUGACAGGUUCUUCCAUCACCAUUGGCGUCAGCCAGUUGCCUGCUCUCCUGGGUCUUUACAGCUUCUCCAACAGAGAUGCCACCUACAAAGUGUUCAUUAAUUCCUUGAAAAAUCUCCCUCACAUCAAGCUCGAUGCCGCCCUCGGUCUUACCGCCUUGUUUCAACUGUAUCUCAUCCGAUAUACGCUGACCCGCGCCGCCGAACGAUGGCCCAACAAGAAGCGCCUCAUCUUCUUUGCCAACACCAUGAGAACCGUCUUUGCCAUUUUACUCUACACCAUGAUCUCAUGGCUCGUCAAUCGAAACCGCCGUGAGCAGCCGGCCUUUCGCGUCCUUGGUGCCGUCCCCAAGGGCUUCCAGAACGUCGGCUCUCCUCAUUUGGACAGCGCGCUCAUUUCCAAAUUUGCCAUGCACUUGCCCGCCACCGUCAUUGUCAUGCUCGUCGAGCAUAUUGCCAUUUCCAAGUCUUUCGGCCGUGUGAACAACUACACCAUUGACCCUUCUCAAGAAAUGGUUGCCAUAGGCAUGACCAACAUUCUCGGACCCUUUCUCGGCGGCUAUCCCUCCACUGGCUCAUUCAGUCGUACUGCUGUCAAUUCCAAGGCCGGCGUCCGCACGCCUGCUGCCGGCAUCGUUACUGGUCUCGUAGUACUUAUUGCCACCUAUCUUCUCACGACCGUCUUCUUCUACAUUCCGAGCGCAACUUUGGCUGCCGUCAUUAUCCACGCCGUCGGUGAUCUCGUCACACCUCCCAACACUAUCUACCAGUUUUGGAGGGUCUCGCCUCUUGAGGUCUUUGUCUUCUUCAUUGGUAUCUUUGUUAGUAUCUUUGUCCACCUUGAGGAAGGCUUGUAUGCCACGGUCAGUCUUUCAGCGGCUAUUCUUCUCUUCCGUAUUCUCAAGGCACGUGGCCGAUUCAUGGGCAAGGUCCGCGUUCACUCCGUUCUCGGCGACCACGUCAUUGGAGCCGACCACUCGGAGGUUGUUGGCGAGUACGGCACAUUUACUGAGACGCUGGAGAGCUCUUCACGCAACGUAUUCUUGCCUCUGGACCACGGCGACGGCUCCAACCCCGAGGUUGAGCUCGAGAAUCCGUACCCUGGCGUCUUUAUCUACCGCUUCUCCGAGGGUUUCAACUACCCCAACGCCAACCACUCUCUGGAGUACCUUGUCGACUAUAUCAAGGCCCAGACACAGCGCACCAGCCCCGAGAUGUUUGACCGCAAGGGUGACCGACCGUGGAACAACCCCGGCCCCCGCAGGACGGCCAAGAGCCGCGAGACUCACGAGGAUCGACUGCCGACCCUCAAGGCCAUUAUUCUCGACUUUAGCUCCGUGAACCAUGUAGACAUUACUUCGGUCCAACGCCUCAUUGAUGUGCGCAACCAGCUUGACAAGUACACGGCCCCUGAGGUGGUGGACUGGCAUAUUUCCUGCAUCAACAACCGCUGGACCAAGCGCGCCCUCAUUGCCGGUGGCUUUGGCGUGCCCACGGCACCCUCCGACAGCGUUCCGCACCGCUGGCGCUCCAUUUUCAGCGUGGCCGAGAUUGGCGGCAAAGACUCUGCCGCUGCAGUCGCAGAGGAAAGUGCACACGACCUGGUUCUUCGCCACAGCCGAGCGGUUGACGAGGAGAUGGGCAAGGCGGGUGAUUUGGGCGACUCGGAUUUGGACUCGCCCGUCUCUACAUCAUUCGAUGACGAGAAGCCACCAAAUUUGGCAGGGACGCUGCGCCAGCGUCGCAAGGGUGCGAUUAUCAGCGGUUUAGACAGGCCACUCUUCCAUGUUGACUUGACGAGCGCCGUUCAGAGUGCCAUAUCCAACGUUCAGGCGAGGGAAGAAUUUCGCGCCGCCUCUAGAACAGAGGCGUCUUGA